CCUCCCUCCCAGCAACUGGCCUGGCGGCAACGCGGCCUUAAACCAAGGAGGCGGAGCUGAGAUUGGGUCGGGACUGCUUGCUAGCUCCAGGACCAGGUACCGGGCUGGCGGGGCCGCCUGGUGCGCUCCAGGGAUCGGUCCCUCCUUGCUCUGACGCCUAUUCCAUCUCCUCGGGGGCGGGCCUCUGGCAGAGCGGCCAUCCUGAGCCCCCCCUCGCCCUCUACGGGCCUCUUUUCACCCGAAUUCUUCUCGAUUCCCGCAAUGAGGGGCUGCAGCCCGAGAGCAGAAUAGGCUUGGGCCUGGCCGGGAGACACUGGAGCAGAGUUGCCGGGCGGAAGAGGCGAGCGCCUGCUCCCUCUCCUCUUCGCCCCUCAUUCUCAGAUUACCUAGGAGCAGAAUUAUUGGGUCGUAAGAAGCUGCUAAACCAUUUUCCAGCGUGGCCAUAUGUGUUUGCAUUCCCACCAGCAACGUAUGAGAGUUCCAGUUGGUUGAUAUCAACACUUGGUUUAAAUUUUUGAAAUUGAAGUAGGUCUACACGUUAGGAACUCAUGUCUUUCCUUGUAAGUAAACCAGAGCGAAUUAGGCGGUGGGUCUCGGAAAAGUUCAUUGUUGAGGGCUUAAGAGAUUUGGAACUAUUUGGAGAGCAGCCUCCGGGUGACACUCGGAGAAAAACCAAUGAGGCGAGCGCAGAGUCGAUAGCAUCCUUCUCUAAACAGGAGAUCAUGAGUAGCUUUCUGCCGGAGGGAGGGUGUUAUGAGCUACUCACCGUUAUAGGCAAAGGAUUUGAGGACCUGAUGACAGUGAACCUAGCAAGGUACAAACCAGCGGGAGAGUAUGUGACAGUACGAAGGAUUAACCUAGAAGCUUGUUCCAAUGAGAUGGUGACGUUCUUGCAGGGGGAGCUCCAUGUCUCUAAGCUCUUCAGCCAUCCCAAUAUCCUGCCAUAUCGAGCCACCUUUAUUGCAGACAAUGAGCUGUGGGUUGUCACAUCAUUCAUGGCAUACGGCUCUGCAAAGGACCUCAUCUGCACACACUUCAUGGACGGCAUGAAUGAGCUGGCGAUUGCUUACAUCCUGCAGGGGGUGCUCAAGGCCCUGGACUACAUCCACCACAUGGGAUACGUGCACAGGAGUGUCAAAGCCAGCCAUGUUCUGAUCUCAGCGGAUGGGAAGGUCUACCUGUCUGGUUUACGCAGCAACCUCAGCAUGAUCAGCCACGGGCAGCGGCAGCGUGUGGUCCACGACUUUCCCAAGUACAGUAUCAAGGUUCUGCCGUGGCUCAGCCCAGAGGUCCUCCAGCAGAAUCUUCAGGGUUACGAUGCCAAGUCUGACAUCUACAGUGUGGGAAUCACGGCCUGUGAACUAGCCAAUGGCCACGUCCCCUUUAAGGAUAUGCCUGCCACCCAGAUGCUGCUGGAGAAGCUGAACGGCACAGUACCCUGCCUGCUGGACACCAGCACCAUCCCUGCCGAGGAGCUGACCAUGAGCACCUCGCGCUCAGCGGCCAACUCUGGCCUGAGUGAAAGCCUGGCCCCCAGCCCCCCCAGGACCUCCAAUGGCGACACGCCGUCCCACCCCUAUCACCGCACCUUCUCACCCCACUUCCACCACUUUGUGGAGCAGUGCCUUCAGCGCAACCCGGAUGUAAGACCAAGUGCCAGCACCCUCCUGAACCAUUCUUUCUUCAAGCAGAUCAAGCGACGUGCCUCAGAGGCUCUGCCUGAGUUACUUCGUCCUGUCACCCCCAUCACCAAUUUUGAAGGCAGCCAGUCUCAGGAUCACAGUGGAAUCUUUGGCCUGGUAACAAACCUGGAAGAGCUGGAGGUGGACGACUGGGAGUUCUGAGCCUCUGAAGAAGGUGCACAUUCUCCAUCCCGGGCUGCGUGAGCCUCCGGGACCCUUCCUGAGGGCUGGCUGCAUUCCUACCCUCCUGGGGGCAGACUGAGCAGAAAGGACAUUUCUGCCAGGAGAGCUGGCUGCUUACUGACUGGGAAAGAAAUUCCUGGAAGGAAACUUUUUUCUUUUUACCGCUCCAAAGCCUUUUGAGACACGAGGGAAUCCCAACAACCCGGGAUUGGUAGGGGGCCGGAAAGCUGACGUUCCCAGUCCUGUGAGCUCAGGUGACCUGACCUCUUCAGAAGGAAUAGAUGCUGUUCUGGCUGUGGCGGCUGAAGUCCAAGGCCAGGGUGUGACUCACCCACCCAGGGAACUGUGCGACUUCUUCCCACUCUGGCUCUCCUACCAGCCUAGUUGCGUCCUUCUCCCCUGCUCUCAGAUCCUAUAGGUCCAGAGGGGCAAGCAAUAAGACUCCCCUCCCCUCAGACCUCUCCCUAAUAACUGAAGGCAAGGGUAUUGUUUCUUUAUAAGCACUAGCUUAAGGCUAGGGCAAUCCAUCCUCCUCCCCCUUUUUGCUUGGGCCCUGACACCUGAAAUCUUCCCUUGGUUCCUCUUUGUAGCUCAUUCCUUUCCCACGAAGAGUCCAUCUUACCGACUCCUGCUGGCCGCCUUGGUGCUUCCUCCAAGGGCCAUAAUGUUUUGCCUAACCUGAGGGCCUGAGUCCUUAUGCCGUGUUAGUUUCAUUGCCAGAACAAAUUAAAAGUUCCCGAGAAUCCA